AUCGAUAAAUGCGUGCGAGUGCUCGCGAAGCGCGGAGGUGUCAGGCUGUCGCUCGCUCGCUCGUCCGCUCGUUCGUUCAUACGUUCCGAAUCGUUCGUGAAUCGUCGUUACCGUUAUCGUUCGAGUCGUCGCGCAUCACGAUCGCCGUUUUCGCCGUCGUGGCCGCCGCUCAUUCGCUCCACUCGCGUUCGGCAUUGUUCGUUGUCCGAUCAGCCCGCUCCCACCCCGCCGCCGCCGAGCGCCCCUCCGCCCCCGUGGGAAACCUAGCGCGAGAGAGCUAGCGCUGGGCAGAGUUGAUCGUCCACGCAACAAAGUGAACAGGCACUCUUUGUAAUCGCGGUAAAUGUGGUGAUACACACGGUGUGGAAGGAGCAGCGGAGAGAGCAAGAGGGGAGAGAAGAUACCGUGUGGACCAGGAGGAAGGAUAAAACGAUUGGGACAAUCACGAUUGAAAAGGAAACACAUCGAGGAACGCGUGGCUUCGUGUUUGGUGAUCCGACGAUUAUUACUACGACCCUAUUGUUGAUACGACGCUGGGGACGCUCGAAGGGCAGGAGAAUUUCACGUGUCGCGCGAAGACGUUCGUCGCUGGCGACAUUGUUGACAGUCGGUGAUUGACGUUUAACGAUCGAAGCAAUCAAGCAUCCAAGUGGACAAGUUCGUUAAUAUUGGAAUUUCGUGGGAGCGAGUUUUAUCAACCGGAGUGAGAUUCGACGACCGAGAGGACUCCUGAGGGAUCCUCGUUGAUUCUUAUCGCGCUCGCGACAGGGGAAUCGCUGUCCGAGGCUCGGUCGAGAGCAGCAAGCGCGGAGGAAGCUUUUUGCGUAUCGGUUCUCGCCGCCGUCGCCGUCGCCGUCGUCGCCGCCGCCGUUGCCGUCCGCGGAUCGUGCACGUUCCUCGCUCGGUGCGCGUCGUCAUCGUCGUCGCUGGUCGCGCGCGGUGCGCGCAGUUACGUGGCCGAAGGUAACCGAAGCGCGGCGGAAUCGCCCGAGGCGGCGCGGCACGGCACGGCGGCCGAAGACAUCACGAUUACGUAUCUCGCGGCCCUCCCCCUUCAUUCUCGCCUAGGCGCCCGUCGUACGCGCACGUGCGCGCGCGCGCGGGUGUGUGUGCGUGUGAGUGUACUGCUGCGCGAGUGCGUGCGCCGCCGCCGCCGCGUCCCGUCGCGUGUGUCCCAUCGGCUGUGCUCCGGAGCGUGCGGCAGGAGGAGAGGAAGAAAGAGUGAGCGUGAACGGAAGCCGCCAGGAUUACGCCAAACCGAGGAAAUAUGAGCAUUGCUGCCCUACUGCAGGCCGCCGAGUACAUUGAACGAAGGGAAAGAGAAGCUGAACAUGGCUAUGCUUCAACGAUGCCAAUACCCGAUGAUAUGCGGACGGUUACAAAGAGGCCAAAGACAAAGAAGUCCCAAGGCAGCAGGACGACUCAUAACGAAUUGGAGAAAAAUAGGAGAGCUCAUCUUAGGACUUGCCUUGAGAAGCUGAAGCUGCUGGUGCCACUUGGGCCUGAAACUUCGAGGCACACUACAUUGGGUCUUUUAACCAAGGCCAAGCGCUUUAUCAAGAAUCUAGAAGAUCGCGAUCGUAAGCACAUCAUACACAAGGAGCAGCUGUCGCGCGAACAGAGGUUCCUGAGACGACGACUCGAACAGCUGACGAGCCAGACCGGCCUCCACGGCCUUCACGCGCUUCACGGCCUCCACGGGCUCAGUACGAGCGCGCCGACCGGCUCUGCCGCUGCCGCCGCCGCCGCCGCCUCCGCGGCGAUGCUGUCUAAGCGGCGCAGCAUCUCCGAGUGCUCCCUGGGCACGGCGUCCACCAGCUCCACCGGGAGCUCCAUAAACUCCGACAGGUCUGCGGGCAGUCCAUCCGUCUCGGAGUCCGACGAAGUGGAUGUGAUCGGUUAUACGAGCAAUCAAUCGGACACCGAUGAUCACAGUAGCGUACAAAGUAGUAGCGACAGCGGUGUCGCGAUGUCCACCUCCAGGCUGACUCUUUCUGAAAUGAUGGACAAUCUUUAGACAAAGAGGCGGCGAGAUGGCGGCGAAAGAAGAAGCGGUUGAAAAAGAGAAAAGGAUAGGGGAGGGAAAGAUAGAGCGAAAGGAAGAACAUCCAUUGGGGCGUACGAAAAUUGACGGCGCGAGAGAUAUCGAUUCACACACAUAAACAUAUACACAUAAAAUGCAUAUUUAAAUUCAUAUUUGUGUCCUUCCAAAAUGGCCUGGCUGGCAAAGGCAACAUUAAAGAAGAAGACUUUCAGGUAUUGCAUGACUUUGUGAAGAUUUUCGGAAAACGGAGAAGAUUUCAAAAAUCGCGGAAAUCACUGAAGAAUGGGAAGAGUCGUAAAAAUUUAGAAGAGCUCGGAAGACAUCGAUCUUAACGCAAAGAAAAAGAAGAAAAUAAAGAAGAUUGAAGUCAUCUUUGAUACCAUCUUGGAUACCAUCUAGCCUAUAACAUAAAAAAUAAGUAAUUUUUGGGACUUUGAAGUCGUUAAAAAUUAUUUAUAAAACGAGGGACUGAUUCGAAGAAUAUGUAUUCAAGUAUAUUACAGAUGCUUACAAAAAGAAUUCGAAAAAGAGAAGAGAGGAACGUGAAAGAGGAGAAGAGAUUUUGACGCCAAGAAAAAACAGACCAUCUUACAAAAACACUUAUCGUAUAAAAGUGUAAGGAAAAUAGAGACCAAAUUGAGCAAAAAGAAAAAGAAAGAAUAUUGAAAAGGAGAAUGUAUGUAUUAAAAAUCUUACUGCAAAUUAUAUUUGACAUCUUAAAGAAAAGGCAAUAUCCAGAAAUCCAAUCACAAGAAAAUCAAAGAAGGUUUCGCGAUCAAGAAGAAAAUCAAUGAAAACGAUACUUUUGAAAAAUUAUAAGUGCAAACUGAAAGAUUACAGCACAUUUUCAAAAUGAAAGUAAAAUAUAAUACGCAUGAAAGAAAAUUAAAGAAAAAAAAUAAAAGAAGAGACAGAAGAAAAAAAAUAAAAUUAAUUUUGAAUGAAUAAAAAAUGUAAGAGAAAAACUAAGAAUAAUUGAAAUGAGCUAAGAAUAAUUGAAAUGAGCUAAGAAUAAUUGAAAUGAGCUAAAAAACUAAGAAUAAUUGAAAAUGAAGAUAUAUAAGAAGAAAUUUUAAACAUUUAACCAAGAAAAAGCCAGCAACUUUUUGAGAAAGUUAACUUGCAUAAAAUAAAGGACGGCAACAUACGAAACAAAAAUAAAACGAAAAGGUAACAAGCGCGACUUUGAAAAUGCAAAAAAUAAAGAAGAUAGUUGUAAAUUAUCAAGAAUUGAACAGAGAAUCGCAGCAACAUUGUACAUAUUUUUAAGAACAAACAAAUUUAUUGAGAGAGCGUAAAUAUGUAUGAGAGAGAGAGAGAGAGAGAGAGAGAGAGAGAGAGAGAGAGAGAGAGAGAGAGAGAGAGAGAGAGAGAAUGGAUGAGAAAGAGAGUGAGAGAGAAAGUAAGAAAUUAAAUGGGAAAUGGAAACGUUGAACAGAAGCAGUAAGAAAAUUCUUCGUUUUGUUGCAGGCUUAAUCUAUUAUUCUUGCAGAAAUGAAUAAAGCGUUGAUUGAUCAUUUCGAGACUCAA